UGCUCAUUUUGGUCAUUCUCUGUGAAUAGGGUUUCUACUUUCAAUAACAAUUUGGAGGGCUUUCGAUUCGAUUCGUUUAGAUUCGGUCUCUCAAAGUUUUUACAGUAUUUGAUUUCACAUUUUGCGAAGAUGCCUCGACCCAAAAGAAAAGCGGCCCCACCAAUCACUUCUUCUGAUGUUGAUUCUUCUCUUCGUACUGAACCAAAGAAAUCAACAACAAAGCAAUUCGAUCGAAUAGAUAACCUGUUUGAAUCAUAUGCAAAUAAGUCAAUGGGUUUGAUUGACCCAGAUGGGAUUGAAGCACUGUGUAAAGAUGUGAAUGUGGAGCAUACAGAUGUUAGAAUGCUGAUACUUGCUUGGAAAAUGAAAGCUGAAAAGCAAGGUUAUUUUUCCAAGGACGAGUGGCGAAGAGGCCUCAAAUGUUUAGGAGCCGACACACUCCCUAAAUUAAGAAAGGCUAUUAACGGACUUAAGAAAGAGGUGACAGUACCAGAGUGCUUUGAGGAUUUUUAUUCCUAUGCAUUUCAAUACUGCCUAACAGAAGAUAAGCAAAGGAGUGUAGAUAUUGAUACCAUUUGUGAGCUGUUGAAUGUUGUUCUGAAACUUGAAUUCCCUACUCAAGUCAAUUUACUAAUUGAGUAUCUAAAGAUCCAGAAUGACUACAGGGCUCUAAACAUGGAUCACUGGAGAAAUUUUUAUCGUUUUUUUAAGGAGGUAAGCUUUGUUGAUCUUGGAAGUUAUGACUCCAGUCAAGCAUGGCCCGUGAUCCUCGACAAUUUUGUUGAAUGGUUAAAAGAAAAAGAAGAGAAAGUAUAGCCCUCGCCUUUCUGAAGUUCCAGUUCAAUUUUACUCUGCCAACACCGAACCAGAAUACUGUUUGAAGCGGAUAUACAAUUGUAUAUGGCUGUUCUGAGUAAUCCAUUUGCAGUUUUUCUGCAGAAAUUGUUAUUAUUAAUCCUCUGUAACAACUUUCACAGUGUUAACUGUCAAAGCUAUAUUAAGUUUUCCUGACCUGAAGAUAUUGUUUUAAGCAAUUUUGUUUCUUACUGCUCAAUUUUUAACAUCUAUUUGUGUAUUAACCAUUUCAGUAACCAAGCUUAAUUCCUGAAUGUUUUAUU